AUGGCGACGUCAUUUAUUGUGGUUCUUUUGUUCAUCGCUUUGGUGGGAUAUACACGGCUUGCGGAAGCGGUGUCAGAGAACCCGACGGCAUCCCAGAUCCGCUUCCUGUUGGACGAAGAUGCGGCCCUCCGUCAAAAGCUACACACGAGAAUUCAAGGUCUGCGGCAGAGUGUGUCGACCCUUAAUGCCAGUAUUGUCCCUUGCUCGUGCCCACUGCCCACAACCCCAGCGCCGCGGACCCAAGUCUCAUACACCGGAACCCUCAAGUCUACCAUGUCGAGCCUGAACGCCGCCUCCGUCUUCAACUUCACUGGGGACCUUAUCAACGUUGGCGCACCCUACACACCGCACGACGCGCAUUUCGUCGCCCCCGUAUCGGGUAUUUACGGAUUCUCCUUGGCAGCGUACAUGAGCCCGAGGUAUUACGUCUAUAUUGAUUUGCUGAAGGAAAAUGCACCAAUUCUACACGUGAAGACCGGACACUACUACAGCGGGUCAACGAAUCGACAAGUGAACUUGGGAACGAAUUUUGUUCUCACAAACAUGACGAAGGGCGAUCACGUUUGGGCGAAAUAUUCAGGCGGCUCUGCCUAUCUUUUCGGCGAAGGCGUCUCUACUUUCUCUGGGUUUCUGCUGUACGAAUUGUAA